AUGUACAGUAUUAAGAUGUACAAGACUGUGUACAAGUUAAAAUCCUUUGACAAGUAUGCACUAAGCAGCAAGGAGUUAACCUUUUGUGAGCAAACUAGGCUAAAUGAGAUACCUGAGGUCCAUUUACACAAUGUUCUUACAACAGGUAAUCCUAGUGACCUGCUCAGUAGAGGUAUCACUGGGAUCCAUCUGAAACAGUCCUCACUGUGGUGGAGCAGAGUCCCAUGCAAGUUGGGACAGAAAAGCAACACAUUUGCACUACAUAGUGUAGGGAUCAGCAUGCUCGGCUCACAACCAAAAAGGGCCAGGUUUGAAUUCUGGAUGCAGCAAGGUAUAUGGGAACAUCAUGGGGAAGAACUGGCUGGCUGGUGUGAACCCAGCUGGGUGAUCUGCAUUCCCCAACAGGCUGCCCUCCACAGUGUGACAUUCACUCUACCUCUUGUGGAAGCGCAUGCUUUAAGACAAUGUGAAACUCCUGGUCAGUAUGUGAGUGCACUUUGUGGAGAAAGUGUGGUGUACCAGAUAGCAGGAGAAGAAUCUAGAGCCAUCUUAGCUAACCAGGAGAAGGGAUUGGAAGUAUUGGUCUCCAAGGCUACUGUGCUCAAUGAGUACUUGGUGACAGUCAAGGAUAAAGUUAUCCAUCUUCUUCUGAUUGAUUCUCUGCUCAGUACCGGUCUUGAUCAAGAUGAGAAGGCCAUCCAGCACCUUCCUGCCUCUUCAAUCACUUCAUUUGCUCAAGCUGAGAAAUUUUUGCAAAAGUUUUCCUGCCAUCAACCUGUACUAUGUGAGGUGGAGCAAAGAAUUAGAGAUGCCUCUCAGCAUCUUCACCCAGCCAAUGAUAUAGACCAGAUACAGAACAUUCUUCAGGACUUGCUUAUUCAGUGUUGGGAGGACCUGCUCAAAAGACACUCCCCAUCUCUCCAAACCCACACUACUUUCCAGGAUCUACUGUUCAGAGCUCUGGAUUAUUAUGUUGGUGGCCAUCUGCAUGAACGUCUCUGGUGGUUGGUGUGCGAGAGAUGCCAAGUGGUGGAUCAGUUGGUCAAAACGCGACUUUCCCACCUUCGCCUUGCUAAUCUCUCAGCACUCCAGCUUGGUGUUCCCCCAAACUUCUACACUCCUUUGCCUGCUGCUGUUGUGGAGAUGGCCUCCAUAGCUGCAGUGGAGAGUGGAGUGGGACGACUCCAGUGUGUCAACUCAACCAUUGACCUGAUUCAAGCUCAGGCCAAGGAAGCCAGAGUGACUUUGCACCAGUAUCAGGAUCAAGAAGGUGAACCAGAGCUUGCCUUGAGCCAGGAAGAGCUAGUUGCUCUGCUGACAACAGUGGUGGUGCAGGCUCAGUGUUCCAACCUGGUCACCAACAUCUACUACAUGACACACUUUGUCUUCUCAGUUACAGAAGAUGAUCCUCUCUGGAGAAGCUUGGGUCUGCUGCGCCUGGCCUUAGAAAAUAUCAUGAAGCUUGAUGUGGCCCGCUUGCCUCCAUCUGCCAAAACUCUACGCAAAGAACUUUCUCUCCAAGACCUAAUGCAGGUUAGUGCUGAAGUGGAGUCAAGAUUUGAGGCCAAGGGUGCCAGUCGUAGUAUUGGAGAUAUAACUGCCCUUGAUCUGCAGCUUCACCAACUUACCCAGCAGAUACAAUUGUCUACUCAGGCUCACUCAGAAACCCACUUGACAAAGAGAAACUCUGCUGGUCGUAGGUCUGAUAGAACAUCAAUGUCACCCACCCAAGACAGUGGGAAAGUGCAAAGUUUCAGGGAAUUUCUUGCCAACAUUCCUUCCUCCCUCCGUGAGAGUUUGCGGCGCCGACAGUCCCAGCAACGCAGUGCCAUUCAGUCUUCUCUCAACGGAUGAGUUCCCCCUCAUGGGUGCUGUGAGUUCUCUUCUUUUUGUAUUUGUUGGUGUUUUCAAGGCAACAUUUUUCAUUUUCUAAGGGAUUCACCAUAUGAAAUGUACCUUGACAUGAGGCAGUUCAUGCAAUUGUGAUACAUAUACUGUGUACUUUUAAUCUACUUCAAGAAAAUUUUCAGUGAUACAUAAAUAAGAACCUUCUUUUGCUUUGGUUAUAUUUGGAACACUGAUAUAUUAUGAGAGGUUAAAUAAUUUUGUGUAAUUAACAAAUUAUACAUUCCAAAUAACUCUAAACAUUCAUAACUUUGUUAUGAGUUAAACUUGUGAUUUUAUUUUUUAGGGUGCAGAGUAGGGGUCUUGAAGUGUGCUAACAAAUUCUCCCAGGUGACCAGUUAAAUGGAUUAUAGGUCUUUGUACUGGCACAGCUAAGUAGAGGAGGGGAGGUCUCUCCCCUGAGUGGCACUUUUGGUCCUCUCAGUUGUCAGUUUUACAUUAUUGGGUCUGUGUGUGCUAUUGAUAACUAGGCCUAGGCCCAAUUUCUUGAUACACAUAUACCUAGAUACAUCUUUUCCAAUAAAAGCCAGCUGAAUUGCUCUGAUAUAUAUAUAUAUAUAUA